AUGGCCCGGCCGCGAGUGCGGCUGGUGGUCACAGCGGACGACUUUGGUUACUGCCCGCGGCGCGAUGAAGGCAUCGUGGAGGCCUUCCUGGUGGGGGCAGUGACUAGCGUGUCCCUGCUGGUGAACGGCGCGGCCGCGGAGAGCGCGGCAGAACUGGCCCGCAGGCACAGUAUCCCCACGGGCCUCCACGCCAAUCUGUCUGAGGGCCGCCCCGUGGGCCCGGCCUGCCACGGAGCCUCGUCGCUGCUCGGCCCCGAAGGCUUCUUCCUCGGCAAGAUGGGAUUCCGGGAAGCGGUGGCGGCAGGAGACGUGGCCUUGCCUCAGGUGCGGGAAGAGCUGGAGGCCCAGCUGAGCCGCUUCCGGGAGUUGCUGGGCAGGGACCCCACGCACGUGGACGGGCACCAGCACGUGCACGUGCUCCCAGGCGUGUGCCAGGUGUUCGCCGAAGCGCUGCAGGCCUAUGGGGUGCGCUUCACGCGGCUACCACUGGAGCGCGGUGUUGGCGGCUGCGCGUGGCUCGAGGCCCCAGCGCGUGCGUUCGCCUGCGCAGUGGGACGUGACGCCCGGGCCGCCGUGGACUCCUUCUCCCGCCACGGGCUGCGGUGGACCGAUGCCUUCGUGGGCCUGAGCACGUGCGGCCGCCACAUGUCUGCGCAUCGCGUGUCGGGGGCGCUGGCUCGGGCCCUGGAAAGUGUCCCAGCGGGCCACGCCCUGACAGUGGAGCUGAUGGCACAUCCCGGGUACCCCAGCGUGCCGCCAGCCGGGGGCUGUGGCGAGGGCCCAGACGCCUUCUCCUGCUCCUGGGAGCGGCUGCACGAGCUGCGUGUCCUCACUGCACCCACGUUGCGGGCCCGGCUUGCCCAGGAUGGCGUACAGCUCUGCGCCUUAGACGACCUGGACUCCAAGAGGCUCGGGGAGGGGGCCCUCGGCGAGGCCACUCUGGAGCCCUCUUUGCAACCUUCCUCACCCUGACUCCGAAGGAAAGCCAAGCAAGCACUAAUA